AUGAAUUAAAAAAAUAAGUAAUAUAAGACAAUCAAAUUCAUUGAAGUCACAUAUGAAAUGUUAAAUGUAAAAUUAUAAUAUAUUUCACAAGCAAAAAGAGAACAGUGACAUUAUAAGAUGGGAUGAAGAUGGAAUGAGAAUUCAAAUUCUUGACAGAGAACUAUUAUAAGAAUAAGUUCUACCUAAAUAUUUUAGGCAUGCUAAUUACUCUAGCUUCUUGAGGUUAAAGCAUACUUUUCAUAUUUUUAGAUAACUUAAUAUGUAUGGAUUUAAAAGUAGUAAGGAUCAAUAUGGAUCUAUAACAUAUUAUCAUCCAAGUUUUGCAAAAUAAAAAGUUCUUAUGAGAAAUAUAUUUAAAAAGAAACAUUAAAAAGAAGAUAAAAAUGAUACUAACAGUUUUUUUAUUGAUUAAUCUGAGUUACAUAAUUAAAUCAAAGCAUUGUAAUGUGAAUAAGUAAAGAUAUAACAAAAGCUUUUGUCCUCAAUUGAAUAUUAAAUUAAAAUUAAACAUAGCAUUAAACUAUUUCUUCAAGUAAAAUUAUACUAAAUUAUUUUAAGACUUAGCUUUCUUUAGCAUAAGAAGGUGAAAAAAAUUGUAGAUUAUUUAUUGAAAGUAUUAGGUAUUUAGUAAAAGGAAUGAAUUGUGAGUCAUGUAAUUAUCAUUUAAAUAUAUUAUUUAGAAAAUACUUUUGAAUUAUUAUUAAAAUAAUUGUUUCCAUAAUUUGUUUAAGAACAUCCAUAAUAAAUCUAAGUUAUAAAUGAGAUGGAAGAAUAAAGCAUUUAAUAUUUAUUUUCACCUACUCCUUUUGGAAGAAUUGAUUUUGAUUAAGAAUACAUCUCAUUUACUUAAACCUCUUUAGAAUUGGAAAGAGAGUUUUCAGGAUUUGGAUUUGAACUCUGA